AUGACUAACGUUAAUUCUCUUAGCAACAAUAUGUUGUAUCCCAAAGAGGACAAGGAGAACCAAAGGCUGUUGUACUCAUGUCGAAACUGUGACUACACGGAACUCGCUGAAGAUCCGAAGGUUUACAGACACGAGCUGAUUACCAAUAUUGGAGAAACGGCUGGUAUUGUGGAUGAUAUUGGCCAGGAUCCUACUCUACCAAGAUCAGACAAAGAAUGCCCAGAAUGUCAUUCUCGUGAUUGCGUGUUUUUCCAAUCGCAACAACGACGUAAAGAUACUAACAUGACACUGUUCUAUGUGUGUCUUAAUUGUAAAAAGACUUUCCGGGAUGAAUCAGAAUAG